AUGGCUGAAUCCCAUAGAUUGUACGUCAAAGGUAAGCAUUUGUCAUACCAAAGAUCCAAGAGCGUUAACAACCCAAACGUCUCUUUGGUCAAGAUUGAAGGUGUUGCCAACCCAGAAGACGCUAAGUUCUACUUGGGUAAGAGAGUCGCCUAUGUCUACAGAUGCUCCAAGGAAGUCAGAGGUUCCAAGAUCAGAGUUAUCUGGGGUAAGAUCAACAGAACACACGGUAACUCCGGUGUCGUUAGAGCUACAUUCAGAUCUAACUUGCCAGCUAAGACUUUCGGUGCUUCUGUCAGAAUCUUCUUGUACCCAUCUAACAUCUAA